AUGUACGAGCUCUUCCUCACCUCGUUUAUCGAGGAUGGCGACCUCGAAUCAGCUUGUUCCAUCCUAGGGGGACUGUGUGGCAUGGCUCCCUGGAAGACAGUCCACCGGGUCCUCUAUUUCCAAGGACCACCCAAGCCAUCUGGCCUAUCAAACCAAAGCUCCUUUGAGAAGCCAACCAGGAAAGACGUUGGCUUCAUGUGGAAGGAGUUGCACCAAAAUCUCAGCCGGCAGUCGUUUAUUCUCCAGGGCCGGUAUGAGGUCGCAAAGGACCGCGAUUUCGGCAACCCGUCUGCCUUGUCAAAUCUGGACAUGAUGAAUGGCGUGUUGCGAUGGACUGACUUCCCCGACCCUCCCCAUAGCCGGCCACAAAUUACACAGCGCAAGAAGGUAGAGCUUUGGGAGCAGAAGAAGUUGCCCUCAAUCAUGCGCGACAAUCUUUACCAGUUGAAAACAGAGACAGUAGAGGAGAUCUACCAAUUUUACCAAGAGGACAUUGAAUUUUGUCUCACUCGUCACUACUUUUUAAAGUCAAUUGGAGAUUACACACCUCUGGAAACCAGAAAUGAGCCAUUAGACGGGCCGAUUACGGCCCUGCCACCGUGGGAAUCGUUGACCCGGGUUGAUGCCCAAGGUCGAUGGGUACUUCAAGUGAAGGCACACGUGCUGCAGGAUAAUAAGCCAGACGAAAUCAGGAAAGCUCAGGAUAGACUCAUGGCUAUUCGUGGGGAGCUUGAUGGCGUAUUUGAAUUCAAGGCUAUUGACCGAAAGGUUCACGACACCAGAGUCGCUCUGCAGCAACCAGGCGUGAGAGUGUUGCCCCAGAAGGUAAAGCUAGGAAAGUAA